UGAUUGUGAUUGCACACACACUCACACACGCACACAAGCACACACACACACACACACACACACACACACACACAGGAGCGUAGCUGAGAGGCAAGGACUGCAGCAGCAUGCACCAACCGCGGCUGAGCUGUUCAGGGACACGAGGAAGGGGAACUGAGGAGAGAAAAUAGUGUGCUAUCUUCACACCAGCCUGCGUGUGCAUCUUUUCAGCGGUGGGGACGAUGUAUUUCAAGAGCAGAUAGCUUAUGUUAUCCGGCCUCCUCUGCACUGCCUCUGCAUCCCAUUCACCCUGCUCCUCCCACUCCAACUCUUCCUCCUCCUCCUGUCUAAAGCAUCGUUAGACAGGACUACAGAUUGACCGGGACUGGAGAGUGGUGGAUGGUCAGGUUUUGCCCUGGCUGAAAGAUUCUUCUGUGGCUAUGCUACAUCUACACCUCCAAUGAUGGCUGGAUUGUAAUCGACAAGAUAACCCACAAUCCACAAGGAAUCUUGGAUGUGUGUCAUUCUUUACCAGUGUUGUCAUUGGCGCAUUUCCUCUAUUUCGCUGGUUGUUUUUGCCUUCUCUGAGACUGGCUAGCAGGCACUGCAGCAUCAGGACCGCAAGACCCAUGAAGCGGUAGGGCAUGAGGACCCAGGGGCGACCCAGCGGAAGGGCUUGAGUGCUUCCAUUGCUACCACUGCUGCUGAGCUGAGUGAUUGGGACAGCGGGUGGAAGAGAAGAUGCUUAUGGCCCGAGACACGGCGCGGGACGAGGCUCAAAAGCUACACAGGAAGUGGCUGAAGCACCAGGCCUUUAUGGCAGAACUGGCCCGCAAUAAAGAAUGGCUGGCCAAGAUAGAACAGGAGGGUCAGGAGCUGAUCCAGGAGAAGCCAGAACUGCGUUCAGUCGUUCAGCAGAAGCUGGAGGAGAUCAGAGAGUGCUGGUCCGACCUGGAGAGCACAACCAAGGCCAAGGCCCGCCAGCUCUUUGAAAACAACAAGCCCGAGCCGGCGGUAAAGAGCUACUCGGACCUCGAUAACCAGCUCUCCCACCUGGAGCAGCAGCCCCCGCAGCUGGAACAGGCGCACCAUCUGCCCACAUUCAACGAGCAGCUCCAGAAAUUCCAGGCUAUGGAGUCUCAGAUAGGGGACUUUUACAAGGAUGUGGGAGAGCUGGGGAGUUUGCAGGGGGUCUGCCUACCCCAGCGAGGGAUGAUGGCAGGUGACAGGGAGGGCGGCGAGCACUCAGGCAUGGUGGAGACACGCAUCGUCCGCCUCAUUGAGCCCCUGAAGGAGAGACGCCGCAUCCUGCUGGCUUCCAAAGAGAUGCACCAAGUCGCCCAAGACCUGGAGGAUGAGAUACUGUGGAUUCAGGAGAGGCUUCCCUUGGCCUCCUGUAAGGAUUAUGGGAAUAAUCUCCAGAGUGUACAGCAGCAUGUAAAAAAGAACCAGACACUCCAGAGGGAGCUGACAGGAAGGCGGGCUCGUGUUGAGGAGGUUCUAGACCGGGCGGGAAUUAUCGCUUCGCUGAGGACCCCUGAGGUGGAGUUUGUACGUGAAGGGGCGGGGCAUGUGCGCCAGCUGUGGGAGGUUUUACAGCUGGAGACAGAGAGGAGGUCCGUGCUGCUGGAUGCUGCCCUGCAGGCUCAGCAGUACUACAGUGAGGCAGCUAAAGUGGAAUCCUGGCUGUCAGGUCAGAAGCUCCAUCUCGUCAGUGAAGAAAAAGGCACGGAUGAGUCAAGCACCCUGCAGCUGCUGAAGGCCCACCUGGCUCUGGAGCAAACAGUGGAAACAUAUGCAGAGACAGUUGGCAUGUUAUCCCAGCAAUGCCAACGUCUACUAGAACUGGGACACCCAGAAAGUGAGCAGAUCACCAAGCAGCAGUCCCACAUAGAUCGGCUGUAUGUGUCACUGAAGGACAUGGUGGAACACAGGAAGACCAAGCUGGAGCAACAGUACUGGCUCUAUCAGCUCAACAAGGAGGUGGAGGAGUUAGAGAAGUGGAUCACGGAGCGCGAGGCGGUGGCCAGUUCCACCGAGCUGGGCCAAGAUCUCGAGGAUGUCACGGUGCUUCAGGAGAGGUUCACCAAGUUUGCCUCAGAAACCAACAACAUUGGCCAGCAGCGCAUGGAGCAGGUGAACAAAAUGGUUAACGAGAUGAUUGACUGUGGCCAUUCGGACGCAGCCACCAUUGCUGAGUGGAAGGACGGACUGAAUGAGUCAUGGGCUGACCUCCUGGAGCUAAUAGAGACCCGCAGACAGAUGCUGGCAGCAUCACACCAGCUGCACAAGUUCUUCACUGACUGCAAAGAGGUCUUGGCUCAGAUCGCAGGGAAGAUGAAGCAGCUGCCAGAGGUGAGGGCAUGCCAAGCCAACAUCACCAAUCCAGCCACCCUGCAGAGACUCAUGCACUCCUUUGAGCAUGCCCUUCAACUGCUGGUCGCACAGGUGAGGCAGCUGCAGGAGAAUGCUGCCCAGCUGAGGACCAUCUAUGCUGGUGAGAAGGCUGAGGCCAUCAUGGUCAAAGAGCAGGAAGUGAUGGAGGCAUGGAAGGAGCUGCUGAGCUCCUGUGAGGCCAGUCGUGUCCAGGUCACCUCAGUAACCGACAAGGUGCAGUUCUUCUCAGUGGUGCGUGAAAACCUGAUGUGGAUGGAAGGCAUCAUGGGCCAGAUAGGAUGGGAUGACCCCAGGGAUUUGACAGCUUUGGAGGUGAUGAUGAAACAACACCAAGAGCUGAAAGCCAAAAUAGACGGCCGCAGCAAGACCAUACAGCAGUGUGCAGAUCUCGGCAAGAUCCUGAUAGCUGCAGGCAACCCGGCAUCCGAAGAGAUAAAAGAGAAGCUGGACAGCCUUCUGUCUAAGCAGAAGGAUCUUGUUGAGAAAUGGGACAAACACCAGGAAAAGUUACAGCACAAGCAGGAAAAGUUCCAGUUUGCCCAGGAGACGGUAAAAGCGGAAGCCUGGCUGAAAGCCAAGGAGCCACUGAUCACCUCCAAGGAGCCAGAAGGAGGAGAGGCCCAGGCCCAAACAGAUGAGGCUGAGCAGCUCAUCCUUCGCCAUGAGGCCUUCCGCAAAGCUGCUGUAACCUGGAAAGAACGCUUCAGCUCCCUCCGCCAGCUUUCUGCAGCUGAGAAGAAAAAAGAGGAGGAGAAAAAGACAACCCCACUCUCCAGCCGAAGGAUGUUCCCAUUGUCUUGUCUGACUCCAAACGUUCCCUCAACCAGUGCUACCUCAUCUUUCUUGAGGCAGACAGUACAGGCGCAUAUGGAACCCAAACCCUUACAAACCAGUCUGGAUCUGGGUGCCUCCACUGCAACCCAGAGAUUGUCCUCAACGCUAGCCAGCUACAACCCAGUUUUAAAUGGAUCAGGUUACCACGGACUGGAACAGCAGAGCAGUGGGAAGUUAGUGAGCUCCUCAUACCUUGGGAUGAACCACCAGGCAGUCGGAGGUGGAAAUGAUUCCGGUUUCUCAGCGUUGACCUCCCAGAGUGGUGGAGCAGACACUUGUACUUACCUUGGGAUAAACCAUCAAACUGCUGGCAGUGCAGAAAGCUCUGGGUACUUUGGACUGACUACUGGGUGUGUGGGUGGUAUGCAAAACCAUCUUGGCACUGGCAGAUUAGGAAGUUCGGGUAACCUAGCUCAGCAGCCAAGCAGUGGAGGUAUGGGAAGCCCUGGCUUUCUCCCUCAGCAGAGUAUGGGCAGUUCUGGAUAUUUGGCCCAAACACAAAAUUUGGGAAGUCCUGGAUACUUGGGACAACAGCCUAAUUUAGGGAGUUCAGGAUAUUUGGCACAGCAGCCUAUGGGGAGUUCUGGGUAUUUGGCACAACAGCCUAAUAUGGGGAGUUCUGGGUAUUUGGCACAACAGCCUAAUAUGGGGAGUUCUGGGUAUUUGGCACAACAGCCUAAUAUGGGGAGUUCUGGAUACCUAGCACAGAAUUAUCAGAGUAGUGGGGGGUUGGGUAGCUCAGGCAUUCUGGCACAAAAUCAUUACAGCAGUGGAAGUCUGGGCAGUUCUGGGUACCUAGCUCAGAGUGGUGGCAUCAUGGACCCUAAAAUGGCAUAUGCAUGGCAGCACCUAAAAGCUGACUUCAUGCAGCCCAGAAUCAAUCACAUCCACAAGGCCAUAAACCCCCUCCUAGAAGCCAGCAGAGUGCAGCGGGAACAGUUCGGGGACAUCCCGAUGGCAGACAUGGUGGGGCCAGAGUCCGGGCUGGAGCUCCUCCAUGGCCGUCUCCAGAGGGAUCCCCGUGGUAGCCGCUCUGACCCUCAGAUGGACCAUCUGAGGCGAGAGAGGGAGUACAAACUCGGUAGACAGACCUCCAGCGAACAGGAGAUACAGGCCCGGCUGAACGAGCUGCCAAUGAUUGUCCGUCAAGAGCGCUACCGGAGGCGCCUGGAGAGGCAGUCGUCCAGUGAACAGGAAGGGAGCGGCAAGCAGAGACUGCAGAGACAGGACUCAAGUGACCUGGAGGGCUCCGUUAAGGAGGGCUCUGACAAACGCUCAGGGGAGAAGAGAUCUACCAUGGCAGAGAUUGUAGAACAGGUCCAGGAGAGAGAGGCAGCACAUGCACGAGGAGAACCUUAUCGGCCUCCUAGCAGCCUCUCAGCACCAGUGACUCGUUUUGACGGACGUCCUCGCGCCCGAGACCGUCCGAAACCAAGGAGGAGGCCCCGUCCGAAAGAACCAGAGGAGACACGACGUUCUCGCUCUGCCCCAGCAACUGGAGCCCCAACGACACCCCAGCCGCCUUCACACACUGCCCAUAACGAAGGCUUCCUCUACCGCAAAAAGGCCACUAGCUCUGAUCUGGAGGCUCAGCAGAGGAGCCCCAACAGUAAGUCCUGGGUGAAUGUAUAUUGUGUGCUGAAAGAGGGAAAGCUGACCUUCUACAAGGAUGCUAGGAACCACACCACAACAUACAAUGGAGAGCCUCCCGUUGACCUUAGUAACUGCUCAUUUGAUCCUUCAAUGGGAUACAAGAAGAAGAAAAACGUUUUCAUUCUUCAGAUAAACGAUGGAAACAACUUUGUAUUCCAUGCAAAAGAUGAGGAGGACCUGAAGGCUUGGACUUCAAAUAUCACCACCUGUAUAUCUGAGCAUGAGGCCAUGGCCAAGUGGGACAAGCCUGGCACCUCGUCCAUGGACCCUGACCGCUCGGAGAGGAAGGAGAAGUCGGAGGGGGACGCAGACGCAAGGUCAGAGAGGUCUGAGCUCGCCGAAGGGGAAGAGAGGUCUGAGAAGGAGAGGUCAGAGAAAGGGGAUGGCUCUGAGAAGCUAGACACAUCAGAAAUUGCCGACAAGAUUGAGGGUGGGGCAGGGGGCUCCAGCACGUCUGGAAAAAGCAAAUGAGGAGCCCCUUUGUGUUUUUAGUGUUACUCAUUGACAAAAGGUGUAGGAGGCGGUGGGUGGGAGGGACGGAUGGAGAGCAUGUGCAGUUAGGUUUGCAGAUCCUCAGUCACAGAGCUGGAACACACUGAGGCCAUGGUCCUUGGACUGACUACUGUAACUGUGACAGACUAAUCUCUCAGCCCCUCCCCUUCACCCAGGCAAUACAUCAGUGCUUGCAUCGUGCCACCUGCUGGUAGAUAGGAGGUUGGCCCAGACAGACAGACCGACCGACGGACAGACAGACUGACUCCAACAAGUGGUCCCAGGAAUUAGUCACUGUCAUGUCCCAUCAUUGAUCGUUUAAUCUCUUGGAUUCACAGCAUCCUUCUGUAUGUAUCUUUGACUGAUAAUGUAAUGCUCUGUCUAUCUAGACAAACCCAAGAAGUGGUGAAUGAAAUGUUUCACAAUAUUAAAAAAGAAAAAAAAUUUUUUUGAAGCAAUAUACUUUUUUAUUUCUUCUCUUUGUUAGAGAGAGAAAAAGGGAAAAGGAAACGAGAAAUAGUUGCAACUCUAUGAUUUGUCACUUCCAUGUAAGCUUCCUCCAGGCAGUUGUGCACCUUAGACACUUGACACAUCUGUAUACUAAUCAUGAUGACAUUUAAUCCCAUCACAUGGCUAGCUUUCAAUCAUGUUAGUAUAAUGGAAUGCUGGUGUUACCCACCUGACUUCACUGGUGUCAAUGAACACACAUUUCUACAGUUUCUUUUCAGUUAUUAUUAUUAUUAUUAUUCUUAUUAUUUGUCCACAAUGAUCCAUGUCAAGAAAAGAGCUUUCCAUCAAAUUCUUAUCCAUUAACCAGGUGUGUGGUUCAAAGUGGCAAUGCUCAAAGUAACACUAAGCCUAUAUGACACAAUGCCUUUGUAUACAUGACAAAAAUCAGAACAUUGCAUGAAAUAGUCUGUUAGUGCACCUGUUAAACUUGCCUUUAUUUUUCUGUUCUUGAAAUAAGUUGGGCAGUUAUUGGAAUUGCAAUAAUUCAAUGUGAGUGGGGGGAAACGUAUUUUGCUAUCACGGGCCACUUCUCUAAAUCCAGAGGUAAGUUUGAUAAAGUAGGGUUGUCUUCUAUCCACAGUAAGCAUGAGAAGAAGUGGGGGUAUACCAGAGAAUUGACUACUCUUUGAUCUGUAACAUAAAUGAAGAAGCCAAAAUGACCCCUCUGCUGUUUGUACUGUAUUACUGCAAUUUAUUUUCCUCAGAAUGUACUGAUUUCAGCUGUGAAAUGUUCAAUCACCACUGAGUCUGUGGUGCCCAAAAUUGUAAAAACCCUGAAGCAGUUCACUGAGAGUUAAACCUCUCUGUACCCUGUGUCUUUCAUUUCAAGUUCAAACUGAUUGGAAUCUCUCCACCAAAGGCAAGUUAAAUGUAAAACUGUCAUGAUUCAACUCAUGAAUUGUAUAUAUCUAUCUUUGUAUGUAUACCAAUAAAUCCUGUGCUCUAAUAAAACAAUACUCUGAACUGAAAUGGGUAAAAUUAAAAUAUUUGUAUUAAUCCACAAAUAAAAACAAUCAUCACUCAAAUAUAUUAAUGUUUAUUACAUUUAAACGAAAAAUAUGCAAAUUAGGAGUCACUAUUAACUAUCAUAGUGUAUAUAAGUACACCAGUAUCUUGCUGUAUUAAACGCCUUUUACCAGGGAAGAGCAGCAGGACAUACUGUAGGUAUGCUUGUUGUAUUUUUAUAUGCCUAUAUUUAUUCAGAUUCAGGAGUUGCCCCGCAGCCCCAGUAAGAACUUGUAAUAAUAGCUGAUUGGGUAGUCAGUGUGUCUGUGAGAGGUGUGCUAAAUUUAUGUAUUACCAACAAGAAAAAAUCAACUAACCUGGGCAGUUCACUUACAUGCUCCUCUGGAUAAUUGAAUUAUUGGUGACUUAAGUACAGUAUGCUGUGAUCACAGAGAUGAACUGCUAUUAGUCCACUUACUGUUUAUCAUGUAUGUCAGUUAUUUUUACAUAUAUAAGUCCAGUUAAAUUUCCCUUAAUGUCAUUGAAAUGUGGUCAUUUUGACAUUGUAUUUUCAUCACAGAAAAAGGAGGGAAGACACAUCUAGUGUGCAGUGAAACACAGGCAGACCUCCUUCAGAUUUGGCUGUUAGAGUGUUUUUCCACUUUCCAUUCUGUCAAAUUGCAAAUUGUCAAACCUGUUUUAAAAUCUUCUUAACAGUCUUCUUUCUAUGAAAACACCAAAAGCGUAUCUCAGAUGUUUGAAUUCACUGACAUGUGGAUUUCAGUGACAGUCAGAUCAGCUGAAUGAGAACAGAUAAGCUAUGUCAUGAUGUAAAUGUUAUUUUCAUUUUGUAAGUCAUUGUUUGUCUGUCACAUGUGCCAUGUUAUGCAGUUUGCUGAAAGAGUGGUUCAGAGGAGAAAGCAAUCGGUUAUUUAAACAUGAAUAACGUUUCAUCUGACUCGACACUCGUCUGACAGUGAGCCUGUCAUUGCAAUACAUAUUUUUAUCAUUGAAAUAGGAGCUAUAGUAUUUUCAUGUAGCUGUAAUUGUUCUGAUUCAUUGCUCAUGGCAGAUAUUUAGCCCGCAUCACCAUGUGCGUUUUAAGUGUUUGCAGCCCAUCACUUUUAUGAAACACAGAGGAUUUUUUUUCUCCACUAUGUUAUAAAAGUAACAGUCAAAAUUAAAUAGGCAGCAUAAACCGUGACUGAAGAAAAAAAUAUUGUGCAGACUCUGUUUCCUUCAUUGAUGGUCUUACAAGUGUGUAUGUCUUUGUUACUUUACAUUACAACUUGCUGCUAUGACGUUAAAUAAACCUCCAACCUUGCUGAUGCAAAAGUUUGUUCAUCACAUUGAUUUCGACUUUGAGCAGUGUGGUUCUCUACUCAGUCCCUCUUUCCUGAAACUCAGUCAGCUCUUACUGCAACUGUCUCAGUAGCCAUGAAUUUGAAGGUGAAGACUUCAGCUGAAGGGACACAACAUUAUCAUCAUGAGGCAGCAGCAACACUGAUUAGCAUUGACUGAACAUGAUCAACUCCAUUUACUCUAUGCUAACGCAUUGGUGCUUCCAACCUAAUGGAACAAAUUCUGGGGUCAUACAUAGGAUAUAAUACUGCAAAGUAUGUUGGUAUGACAUCGACACACACUCAACUAAUAGACUAAAAUGUUGAAAUUGUAUUUUUUAGAAACAUCAGAGUCUCUCUCUCUCUCUCUCUCUCUCUCUCUCUCUCUCUCUGUGUGUGUGUGUGUGUGUCAUCUUAAAGUGUUAAGCACCCUGUGGAUAUAGAGCUGAACUAGCCUUUAUACUGACACUCUUCUGAAGGACUGAAUUAUUGGUGGAAAUCAACUGAAGGGCUGGUAUUUUCCAAACUGUGUCCAUGUCAAGGGGUUAUCUAAAUGCUUCAGAUCCAUCCUGCUUGCUUCUGUACAUACAAUAACUGGUACAACGCUAACAUUUUUAUGCUGUAUUUAUGGCUUUCUUAUAGCAACCAAUGAAAAUGCUGAGUCUCAUCCAGGCUACGUAUGUGCGUGCAGUUUUAAAUAAAAUGUGAGUGGACAUGUGAAAUAUUUAUGUGAGUAAAAAUAAAAGGUACAUGCAACUUUUGUUUUGCACUGAAGUACAGCCCCAUGCACAGUGUGAAACAGUAGUGGUGAUGCAGGGUCUGUUCUAUAAUAAAAAAUCUAAAAAAAAACAUACAUACAUGUAAACAGUAUUGCACAAAUUCUGCACAACUUGAUGUAUGUUUUAAGAAUGUACAUUUUAAUUAUGAUUUGUUUAUUGAAUUGAAUAACAUCUGCCAAUAUCUGUCUGUGGAAAUAUGAAAUAUGGUAUUGUCCGAUAAAAUCUCUUAAUUCCUUAA